CCAAUUACCUGAAAGAGCUGGGCGGAUGGUUGGAGGGGGAAGGGCAGCCAUCCGUAACCAGGUGAAGCACAGCCAAGUUGAAGUGGAAAAUGGGUCAUGGGAGCAGUACUACCACUCAGCAAUGUAAAUAUCCUAGAUUGAGGUGUGUGUGGUCAGGUUUGGCAGUGAUUCUGAGAAGAGAGCAACAAAGGAUCUCUAUACUCUGCCACAUUUCCAACCCCAACCCAUGGAUUGGGUCACUAUGCUGAAGCUAUGGAUGUUUAUUAUGGGCAUAUUGUUUUCUAGGUUUGCAUCGAUCCGCAUGGAAGGUGAUCUGUGCUCUGGUGGGCAUGAUCUUUCUGUGGAUAUUCAAGAGAAUAGUCCGGAUGGAACAUUCAUCGCAAGACUCGCCGUGAAUGGCAACCUAUCCACUGGAGAAAUACACUUGAAUUUAACUGGAACAGAUUUGGAGUGGUUUCAAAUGGAAGAGAAAAUCAUCAAGUUAAAUGUGCUGCCAACCAAACCUUUGGAUCGAGAGCUACUGACCACACCUCUUCUCUUUGCCACGAUAACCUGCACUGAUGUUAUUUCUUCAGCUCAGAUUCAUCACAGGUUAAUGGUGCAAGUCCUAAACGAAAAUGAUAACUCACCGGUUUUCCUGAAAGAAAGUGUUCAACCACUCAACAUUAGUGAGCUGACACCUAUUGGCGAGAUUCUCUUCAGGUUGCAGGCUCAUGAUGAGGAUGGUGAUGGCCUCAUCUACGUGGUUGACAGAGCAUCGAAAGAUGCAGAAUUCUUCAAGAUUGACCUACCAAACAGUGGGAACAUCCUUCUAGCCCAACGCCUCGAUUAUGAGAGCAAGAAAGAGUUGGAUCUAAUGGUUUAUGCUAUGGAAAUGAAUACUGAGGAGAAAUACAACACAACAGCAAAAGUGACCAUUAGUGUGUUGGAUGGGGAUGACCAGUAUCCAAGAUUUCUUCCAUGCAAGUUUGUGUUACAUGGGAAGACCAGAGUCUGCGUCAAUCCAACCUACACAGGAAAUGUCACAGAAGCAAAGCUACCGUAUCAUGCUCUCCAGCUCUCCCCAGGACCCUUAUUAGCAGAAGAUGGAGACAAGGGACUUCAGACACAAGUUGCAUAUUCAAUUCUCAUAGGUGAUGAUAAUGGAAGAUUCGAAGUCAACAAUGUUACUGGAGCAAUGAUGAUGAGGUGGCCAGUUCGGAGCUUGAUGAAGACCCCCUUGUUCUCUUUGACAGUCAUGGCCUCCCAAGUAGAUGAUCCUACAAAGUACACAGUGACAACCGUGCUAAUUCGUGUUUUGGCCCAGAAUCACUAUCAGCCACGGUUUAAUACCACCAAGUAUGAGGGAUUUGUUCAGGAGCAAACAAACCCAUUUGCUGUAGUAGUUACUUACGGCAAUAAGCUCUUACUGCUAGAAGCAAUAGACCAGGAUUUUAAAAAUGGGAGAAAUCCAAAUAUUGUCUACACCCUGGCAAAUCGCUCCAAUCACACACAGCUGUUCCAAGUCACACAGGAAGGACUCUUAAUAGCUCGAACAGAUCGUCUGCAUGCGCGUGAGAAAUACAUGUUGCAGUUUGUUGGAUUUGACAAAGAAUCGGGGGACGUGGUCAGCACAAGAGUCAACGUUGAGAUUCUUCAUUCAAGUCAGCCAGUUCCAUCUGGACUUGCCAAGGAAAGCAGGAAGUACAGUUCGAAGGAAAUAUGGCUUAUGGGAGGAAUCACGUUAGUCGUGCUUCUUUUCCUUAUUUCUACACUUGUUCUACUCAUACAUAAUGGAAGAGAACGGUACAGGCAUCGCAGACAUAGGGGCACAAUCGCCAUUGAACAAAACACCAAUGUGAGCUUAAAGUGGUUCCAGAUGAAUAACACUAACAAGACCGUAUCAUCUUACAGUAAUCUGGCCUACACAGAUGAAAUAUACAGUAUUGGCAAAGAGGAAUCAAAUAAUGAAUGCGCCACAAAUAAUCUGUGGAGAAUCCCAAACCCCCUACUUGAUGCUGCACAAGAACCAGACAGAGUGAUCAAAUCUGUAUUCACUAAUGGAAAACUAGUGCAAACUGCUGACUGCAAGUCUAUGUGUAUCAAAAGUAAUUUAUUGGCUAAAGAAAGUCAUACCAAUAUAAAACAUCAAUGUUCGGAAUGUAAGAAUGAACCGCACAGAGUAAUCGAGGAUUUCUCAUUAGGAAUUGAUCUGCAAUCAGCCACCAGAGUAGAGAAGGAGUCAGGAAAGGAUAACAUGGAGAAGGGGACACAACAUGAAAAUAAAGCAGAUGUUUCUGAAUUCAUAAAGGAAACUGCUUUUGAAGAAGCAAGACAUUUGCAGACUAUGCUAGGAGAAAUUGAAUGUUCAAUACAAGACGAAGACUGGUCAGCAAAUUCAGCUGGAGAAUCAGACCAUGCAACCUGUACAGCAGAAGGACAAGAGAACCAAAUAACUGCAAAGCAGAAAAAAGUAAUGGCCCCACCAGAACAAGAAAACCUAGUGACCACACCAGAAGGACAAGCACACGUAAUAUGUUCAGAAACAGCAGGUUCAGUGGAUCAAAAGGUAGUGGAUCAAAAGGUACAAAAUGUAAUCACAGGCACAGAUUAUCCACCAUCCAUAGCGCAGCCAUUAAUUGCAAGGCAACCAGCAGUCAAUGUGCAACUGGGGAAUCCAUUGGUGGUUCAGCAUCCAAUAUCAGAGAACCCAGUGGAACAUUAUGUCGUGUCAGCAGAGCAUCCAUCAACAAUACAGCACCCAGAGGAAGUCAUGUCAACAGACUAUCUGCUGGAAACAAAUUGUCCAGAGACAGUGGAUCGUAUAACAAUUACAGAGAAGCCACUGCCUGGUGAAAUAGCAGUUGGGAAUCCUGCAGCCAUGGUGAUAGAAGGAGUAAUAUUUCAGUGUCCAACAACAGGAGUGACCAUAGAGAUCCAAGAGGGUGGAAUGGAAGGCACAGUAGUAAGAAAAACAUCCAAUGAAACUGCAAAUGUUACUACAGAAGAUCCAGUAGUAGCAGCCACAACAUGUUCAUUACCAGAGGUGGCUACAGAUUGCCUGACUGUUGAUGUGGCCAAAAACAGACUAACAGAAGGACAGGUUAUUGAGGGCCAGUCAUCAAGACAAGUGAUUGCAGAGGAUACGGCAGCAGGAGGAUUGACCAUGCAGGGUGCAGAGGAAAGAGUACCUGUUGAGGAUCAAAUGAAAGCCAAAGACAACUCAGCAACAGAAAGAAAAGAGGACAUUUCAGUGACGGCUCACAAUGACCAGCCUGCAGGAAGAACGGGUGCCGAAAUGUCAGUGAUAGCCAGCAUUCAGUCAUCAGCAGAGGAAAUUAAUGCAAAAGCUCGAGAGCCAGCAGUCAAAGCAGCCAGACGUGGUUCAGUAGUUACAAGUCCAGCAGUCAUGGAUUACUCAAUAGAUGCUGCAAGAUAGAGCACUUCUGCAACUUCAGCAGAGAAUACUCCCGAUAUGUUUUUCUAUUUUAACCAGCCGACAAUGAGGAAACAAGAACUCUAAGACCUUGUUCUUCAUUAGACAACAUUCAGAGUGACGCUGAAUCAGCUACUUUAUAUAUAGAGAGCAUUGUAGAAAUGACUUAAUGCUGAUUAAACAAGAAACAAAAACCUUGAUGUA